ACGUCAUGUAUUUCCAGUUUGUGCCCUUGAUGAGUAGAUUUCUUUUUAGUUGAGCAACAAAUAUUUGCUGACAUUCUUUCAGUGAAUCAGUACAGUGGCAUCUAAGUAGCUGUCAAGAAAGUCAUCACAAAGCCCACAACAGGGACUGUCAAUACACAACUAUCUUUAAUCUAGGAAACAACCCAGCCUCGGUUUUUUCAUUUGUUAUUUGUGUUAUUGAUAAUGGGAACUUAUUCUGGUUUUACCCUGGUUUUGUUGUCAAUCUGGAUAAUGAAAUUCAUAGUGCAAGGCUCUUUCGAUGUGAAAGACCUGACCAUUCAGGAAUGCAGAUUUGCAGGCAUAACCCUAAUAUCUCAUCCAAAAAAACUGAAUUUCUCAGAAGCAGAAAGUGCAUGUAGACAGCUGGGGUUACAGCUGGCAAGCAAAUCCCAGGUUGAGAAGGCCUGGACCAAUGGCUUUGAAACAUGCAGCUUUGGAUGGGUGGCUGAUAAGUGGUUUGUCAUUCCUCGUGUAAACCCAAAUCCAAAAUGUGGUAAGAACAAAACUGGAGUGGUAGAUUGGAAAGUCAAUCUCAGCAACAAGAAUAAUGGUUACUGCUUCAAUUCUUCAGAUAUUUGGAUUAAUUCAUGCAUACCAGAAACAAAUACAACCUUGUUACCUUCAACACCUUCAGAAAUAAAUGCAUCUACAACAGCUUCAUCUCAGGGCAGCACUGAGAUACCUAAUGCUACUGAGUCACCAAAAACCAAAAUACCGCUGAAGAACUUCCGCUUGAAAUGUGUAACAGAAACCAUUUUACCAACCAUACAGACUACUGUGGAAAGUCAAGAGGAGCUGACACUGCUUAAUGGAAACCAAGCUGCCUUUAGAAAUGAUAGUGUUGAAUUUGGAGAAAUACCGAUUGCUCUCCUUGUACUGGCACUCAUCUUCUUUAUAGCAUCUGCUGUUCUUGCAGUCUGCUAUAUCAAAAAGUACAAGAAAACCUUCCCACUCUCAAACAAGCAGCAAAGAGAAAUGACUGAGCCCAAAGUCAUCAAAGAAGCUAAAUCAUGUGACAAAGCUCCUGAGAAAGAACCAAGGAAUAAUGGGAAAAAAGCAGAAGAGCCUCAAGCCAAGCCUGAGGCCACAGUAAAAUGUAUGGAAGCAGAAGUCUGAAGCUAAAUACAACAGCAAGUUUGAUGGAUUUAAGAUGAAAAAUGCAGAAUUGGGAAAACAUUUAAAAAUGGUUUUAGUUUCCCCACCUUAAAAGGGGGCUAAUGAUACCUAACUCUCUUCGUAAAGUGCUUUAUGAUCUACCGAUGAAAACACUAUAUAAGAGCUAGGUAUUAUUAUAAUACUGUAAAUACUGUCAAGGUGAAUCGAUAUAUUUUAGUUCAAAUGUUUGUACAAUCAUAAUUCUAUGACUAUUCAUUAUACUUCUUCUUGGAUAUAAAAUUUUGUUUUGCCAAAAUGUGGUAGCUUAUUCAUAUCAAUAUUAAAAGAUCUUCCAUUUCACAAUUCAAUAUUUUCGAUCUUAAGAAGUAAUUAAGUCUAAGACUAUCUUGUUGAUUGAGAUACAGUGAACAAUUAUUUGCAUCAAAUUCAGAUCAACACAUCAAAAAUAAAAUGCAUGAUUCUUUCUAUCCUGGAGAUUGUCCAUUAAUGUAACAGCCUCCACAAUUCAUAUCUGGUCCUGCAACCCAUACUCGUGUGAACAAUUUGUAUUUAAGCAAGUAGUCCUGCUGAGUGUAAAAGGGCUGUAGGCAUGAGUGGAGAUCACUCAGGUAAGGGUUACAAACUGUAAGGUCCCAAAAAAGGGUACUUUUAGAUUUCCUAUAAAGCGACAUAAGGUAUUUAUACUGAGUGUAAUGUAAUCAAUAAUGAAGUAUUUUGAGAAUAUCACUGUUUCUUAAUUUACAAUUUUAUUUUUUAAAAUCAAGACUGCAUCCUUCUUCAGAUAACUGACAGACCACAAUUAAAACUAUCACAAUCUGU